AUGCGCGCCGCCCUCCUCCUCGCUCUCCCCCUCCUCCCCCUCGCCCUCGGCGCCACGCCAGACUCGGGCACAGUCGACACGUUCAUGGCGCCGGAUUUCAACCCGAGCACCAUGGCUGGCGCGAGCACCGUGAGCGCCGCGGUGUCUAGUGGCUCUGCAGCGCCGGCGCCGGCGUCGGGCUCGGCAUCGGCCGCAAAGCCGUCCGCCGGUGCCGCAUCGGCGUCCGGCGCACACCUCCCCGUGUCGACGACGCUCAUCACCCCGUCCGCUGCGGGGGGUAGCACCAGCGUCGCGGCGGUGCCGACGACGACGACCGGCGCCGCCGUGUCGAGCGCCGCGCCGCCCUCCGCCGCGGGCUCGUCGACGCCCGUGCCUUCCGCGUCCCACUCGCGCGGCGAGGCCCUCCGCGCGCCGCCGAUGCUCGCUGCGGUCCUCGUUGUGGUGCUCGUCGCGGCGCUGUAG